AUGAAUAAUCCACAAGCUGUUGACCAACCUGCCCAAGUAGUUGUCCCUGCUGGUGCUAUCCCUGUCAAUGCUGGUGAACCUCCAGUUGAGGAUGUUGUUGAAGUACCUCCUGCCCCUGCUGGUUCUCUCCCUGCCGCUCCGCUUGCUGGUGCACCUCUAGUUGAAGUUGUUGCCGCCCCUCAAGCUCCUGAAGCCCCUCUUGCUAAGCCUGCUCCCCUCGGUGCUCCUGCUCCUCCUGGUGGUCCUCCUGUCGGUGCGCUGGUCGUAGCCAAACCUGCCGCCAAACCUGCCCCUCUUGUCCCUCGUCAUAUAACAGUGCACUACGCCAACAUUAACUUUUACUUUGCUGUCAACGGCAACAUAAGGUACGAAGACCUAAGAGAACGUAUUCUCCAGAGUCCCCUCAGUGUGAGCUUGCACAACUUGCGCAAUCUCCAAGGUUGUGUCAUCGAGUACCGUCCAGCUGCUGUGAAUGCUGCCCUGGCCAACUCUACAGAUCUGAUCCCUGCUGGCACCGAGCACAUCUACAUCACAGAAUAUUGA